GGGCCUUACCCUCCCCACGCCGUACUACCAGCCCGAGGAGGACGACGAGCGACCCUUCAUCUGCUCGCUGGCGGCCGACAACGGCAUCAUGUCGUGCCAGGAUGUGCCGGCGCGGCGGGAGGGGGGCCGCGAGUGCUGCCUGGACAAGGAGGACGUGCUGCGGCGCCAGGCGCUGGGCCUGGCCCCCGAGCCGCUGGUCAACGGCAGCGUCAGUGUGGCCGGCCUCUGCGUCAACUGGAACCAGUAUUACACCCGCUGCCAGACUGGCCACAGCAACCCGCACAAGGGAGCCAUCAACUUCGACAACAUCGGCUACGCCUGGAUCGUCAUCUUCCAGGUGAUCACGCUGGAGGGCUGGGUGGAGAUCAUGUACUACGUGAUGGACGCUCACUCCUUCUACAACUUCAUCUACUUCAUCUUCCUCAUCAUCAUUGGCUCCUUCUUCAUGAUCAACCUGUGCCUAGUGGUCAUCGCCACCCAGUUCUCAGAGACCAAGCAGCGCGAGCACCAGCUGAUGCAGGAGCAGCGGGCCCGCUGCCUGUCCUCCAGCACGCUGGCCAGCAUGGCCGAGCCGGGCGACUGCUACGAGGAGAUGUUCCAGUACGUGUGUCACGUGUUGCGUAAGGCGCGCCGCCGCUCCGCCGCUCUCUACAACACCCUGCGUGGCCGUUCUCAGCCACCAGGGGGGAGCAGAGCGCGGGCAGGGAGGCCAGAAGCCGGAACCAGCAUCAACGGCGGAGACAGACAUUACCACCCCCAGCAGACUCGCUGCCCACGCCACAGCAAGCCAGAGAACAGCGCUGGCCCUACGGGGAGCCCCACCGCCCUCUCAGUCAUGCCCGUGACUGAGGACUGCCCAGAUUGCAGGAUGGCUCUGUCUGUCAGGGAAGCGACCGGGGCUCUGGCCGUAUCAGCCAAUGAGGAGGAGGAGGAGGACAGAGCCAUGGAGGAGACAGAUGGGUAUAGCAACCACCUGGAAGAGGACGAGGGGGCAGAUGAGGGCGUGGAGCACAAGGCGGACCGGAGGAAGAGGACGAGCUGCUGGGGCUGGUGCAGGGCACUGGGAAGCCAUAUGCGUGUCAACCUGCGGAGCAUCGUGGAGAGCAAGUACUUCAACAGAGGCAUUAUGAUAGCUAUCCUCAUCAACACUAUCAGCAUGGGCAUCGAGCACCACGACCAGCCAGAUGAAUUAACCAACGUCUUGGAGAUCAGCAACAUCGUCUUCACCAGCAUGUUCACGCUGGAGAUGAUCCUGAAGCUCACUGCCUUUGGCUUCUUCAGCUACCUGCGUAACCCCUACAACAUCUUCGACGGCAUCAUCGUCAUCAUCAGCGUGUGUGAGAUUGUGGGCCAGGCUGACGGUGGCCUGUCCGUGCUCCGGACCUUCCGCCUCCUACGGGUCAUCAAGUUGGUCCGCUUCAUGCCGGCUCUACGGCGCCAGCUGGUGGUACUGAUGAAGACCAUGGACAACGUGGCCACCUUCUGCAUGCUCCUCAUGCUCUUCAUCUUCAUCUUCAGCAUCCUGGGAAUGCACAUCUUUGGGUGCAAAUUCAGCCUGAAGACUGAAGCGGGGGAUACGAUUCCCGACAGGAAGAACUUCGACUCGCUGUUGUGGGCCAUCGUCACCGUGUUCCAGAUCCUGACCCAGGAGGACUGGAACAUGGUGCUCUACAACGGCAUGGCCUCCACCUCCCCCUGGGCCGCCCUCUACUUCGUGGCCCUCAUGACCUUCGGCAACUACGUGCUGUUCAACCUGCUGGUGGCCAUCCUGGUGGAGGGCUUCCAGGCAGAGGGCGAUGCCAAUCGAUCAUAUUCUGAGGACGACAAGUCUUCUUCCAACUUUGAGGAGACAGAGAAAAGAAGAGAUUCCCUCCACCUCUCAGACCCAAAGAUCUGCACUCUUACCCCCAACGGACACCUGGACGUGACUACAUCUGCCCCUGCCAAGGGGCCAUGCCAGGCGGAGCGGCCCAGUCUGGCUCUGGGUUCCCGGAAGAGCAGCGUAGCCUCUCUGGGCAAAGGCAGUGGGGAGCAGCACUCGCUGUGCUCUGGCCACAGUUCCCUCUACCACAACUGGGCGCGCCCUCACCCGCAUUCGGUGUGGACCCGGAGGUCGAGCUGGAACAGCCUGGGCCGCUCUUCCCGCGGGAUGGGGGGCAGCAGCCUGCGAGCCCGUGGGCCCCACUCCAUCCCAGUGGAGCAUGAGUCCCUGCUGUCGCCGCCUCUGCCCCCGCUGCCCCUGCCGCCGCCCCCCCCCUCGCUCUCCCGACGCUUCGCCCCCUGCCGGGACCGCCGUGCCCUCUCCCUGGAGCUGCCCGAGCUCCUGCAGGUGCCCGCCGUGCUGCCCCUCAACCCCCUGGCACACAAGAGGAGCCUUUUGGGGGCAGUGUCGGGACCCGGGCUGCCGGGGGAGCACCAGGACUGCAACGGCAGGGCGCCCAGCCCCACCCCCCAACUCCUGGGGGAGGUCUACCCGCAGGUCAGCACCCGCGCGGAGAGGGAGGAGCUCGACGAGGAGAUCGACUACAGCCUGUGCUUCCGGGUCCAGAAGAUGAUGGAGGUGUACAGGCCGGACUGGUGCGAGGCCAGGGAAGACUGGUCUGUCUAUCUCUUCUCCCCACGGAACAAGUUCCGGUUGCUCUGCCAGUCGGUGAUCGCGCACAAGCUGUUCGACUAUGUCGUUCUGGGCAUCAUCUUCUCCAACUGCAUCACCGUAGCGCUGGAGAGGCCCAAGAUCCACCAGGGCAGCCUGGAAAGGCUCCUGCUCACCAUCUCCAACUACAUCUUCACCAUCAUCUUCGUGGGGGAGAUGACCCUCAAGGUGGUGUCCAUGGGCUUGUACCUGGGGGAGCAGGCCUACUUACGCAGCAGCUGGAAUGUGCUGGACUGCUUUCUGGUCUUCGUGUCCCUCGUCGACAUCGUGGUCUCCAUGGCCGGUGGCGCCAAGAUCCUGGGUGUGCUGCGAGUCCUCAGGCUGCUCCGCACACUGCGCCCCCUCAGGGUGAUAAGCCGGGCCCCGGGAUUAAAGCUGGUGGUGGAGACCCUGAUCACCUCCCUCAAGCCCAUCGGCAACAUCGUCCUGAUCUGCUGCGCUUUCUUCAUCAUCUUCGGCAUCCUGGGGGUCCAGCUCUUCAAAGGCAAGUUUUUCUACUGCUUGGGCCCAGAUGUGAAGAACAUUACCAAUAAGUCUGACUGCCUUCUGGUUAAUUACAAGUGGGUCCAUCACAAGUACAAUUUUGAUAACCUGGGCCAGGCUCUGAUGUCCUUAUUUGUGCUGGCUUCCAAGGACGGGUGGGUCAACAUCAUGUAUCAUGGCCUGGACGCAGUGGGAAUCGACCAGCAGCCCGUCAUCAACAACAACCCCUGGAUGCUGCUCUACUUCAUCUCCUUCCUGCUCAUCGUCAGCUUCUUCGUGCUCAACAUGUUCGUGGGCGUGGUGGUGGAGAACUUCCACAAGUGCCGGCAGCACCAGGAGGUGGAGGAGGCCAGGCGGAGGGAGGAGAAGAGGCUAAGGAGGAUGGAGAAAAAGAGACGGAAGGCUCAGAAGCUGCCCUACUAUGCCAACUACAGCCACACCCGCCUGAUGAUCCACAGCCUGUGCACCAGCCACUACCUGGACCUCUUCAUCACCUUCAUCAUCUGCGUCAACGUGGUCACCAUGUCUCUGGAGCACUACAGCCAGCCUCACUCCCUGGAGAUCGGACUCAAAUACUGUAAUUACUUUUUCACCACCACUUUCGUCCUGGAGGCGGUGCUCAAGCUCAUCGCCUUUGGCUUUCGGCGCUUCUUCAAGGACAGGUGGAACCAGCUGGACCUGGCCAUCGUGCUGCUGUCAGUGAUGGGCAUCACGCUGGAGGAGAUCGAGAUCAGCGCUGCCCUGCCCAUCAACCCCACCAUCAUCCGCAUCAUGAGGGUGCUCCGCAUCGCCCGCGUGCUGAAGCUUUUGAAGAUGGCCACAGGAAUGCGCGCCCUGCUGGACACGGUGGUCCAGGCCCUGCCACAGGUGGGGAACCUGGGGCUGCUCUUCAUGCUGCUCUUCUUCAUCUACGCAGCCCUUGGAGUGGAGCUCUUUGGGGAGCUGGUGUGUAACGAGGAUUACCCCUGUGAGGGCAUGAGCCGCCACGCCACCUUCGAGAACUUCGGCAUGGCGUUCCUCACCCUCUUCCAGGUGUCCACCGGCGAUAACUGGAACGGCAUCAUGAAGGACACACUGCGCGAGUGCCCGUCAAGCGAGUACAACUGCAACGCCAGCCUGCAGUUCAUCUCGCCCAUGUACUUCGUGAGCUUCGUGCUGACGGCCCAGUUCGUGCUCAUCAACGUGGUGGUGGCCGUGCUCAUGAAGCAUCUGGACGACUCCAACAAGGAGGCGCAGGAGGACGCGGAGAUGGACGCGGAGAUCGAGAUGGAGUUGGCCCAGGGGACGCUCUGCUGCAUGGGCGGGCAGGCCGGAGUCCGAGGGGGCGGAGCCUCCCGUGGCGGGGCAGGGGCCUGCGCAAACCCCAGCACACCCCACAAAGAGUCGCAGAACCCCAGCAAGAUUUUCUCCCCUGUCCAGGAGAGCCUGUGGCUGGACAGUGUCUCCCUGCUCAUCAAAGACUCCCUGGAGGGUGAGCUGUUGAUGAUCGACAACCUGUCAGGCUCCGUCUUCCACCAUUACGCCUCCCCGCCGGUCUGCAAGGACUGCCGGCGCCACCCGCAGGAGAUCCGGCUGGCAGAGGUAGAGCAGGUCUCCCUGAGGUCCGAGCAGCUCUCAGACAAGUCGUCAUCUCCGGCCCUGCCAGACAACCUGAGCCUGGACGAGCAUAGUGUGUUCCAGCUCCUGGUGCGAGACUCCAGGGAGGGAAGGGGCAGCAGUCUGUCCCACAGCUCCGACGAGCUGCCCGGCCCCCGAGGGGAGGGGACUCUCCUGGAUGAGGACGGGCUGCUCCUGGAAACCCCGACGUCCCACAGCUCAGAGUUCUUCCACCCUGUGGCCCCGGCCCCUCAUGCUGGCCACAGCGGGGGGGGGACACCUUCACGGCGAGGGCACCAGCUGUCCUUACCGGCUUCCUGGGCCUCUCUCCGGUGCCCAGGUGCAAACAGUGGGCUACUGAGCACACAGUACCCCUCCCACAGUGACUCCUCCCUGGCUACUGGAAGCUCAGAGGGCAGUCUGCAAACCACCCUAGAGGAAGGUCUAAGUUUCAGUAUUUCACCCCCUCAAGACAUUACCAUGCCCCUACCUCGCAUCAGUCCACUACCCGAUGACCCCAACUGCUCCCCCGGAGAACCUCAGAGUCCCCUGGUACACCAUUCGGUGGACACUCCAGUCGUAAUUAACCUCCAAGACACAAGGGGGCACCAAAGAAGUCAAAGCAGUUGUGGGGAGAGCAACAGCCCUGGCCGUGAAAGAAAAGACUCUAUUGAUCCCUCUGAUGAAGAUCUUGGGAUAGGGAUUGGAGGGGGUGGAUCUAGCCAGGCCUGUUACAGCGAACAUUUAUCAGAGACUCUGAGUAGCCUGUCUCUCACGUCUUUGCUUUCCCCAAGCUCACUGGCGCCACAGCUGGGGAAAAAAUGCAACAGCACAGGUAGCCUGGAUCAAGGGAAUCUGUCAGCAAGGGGCAGGGAGGUCCGUGUCCUUUCUGGCUCGGACGCUCACGGCUACCUCUCCAGCCCCUGGACUGGAGAGAAGGGGGGCAGAGCAGGGGAGGGGGACAUGGCGGAGUUUGAUGUGAGAAGUACAAACCAGAACACAGUAGCAGCUUCUAGAAAAAAGAGAUGAGGUCUCUCAUUCCCAGUUUGUUUCCGAAGGUCCCCUCUCUUCCCUCUCCGUCACCAGAGGGCUGUUCAACUCAAAGUUCUCCUCCCUUUCAUUUGUGACCCCUCUCAUUACAAAUUUCCCUGGGAACCUGAAUAAAAAAUAUAUAUAUAUUUUGUUUCAAAGGCAUUACAGGGAUUGAAAAAGGGGGCAGAUGUCCGUUGGUAGGAUAUUGCCUCCCAUGCGAGACGGAUGAGGACUCGCCGUGGAAAAAAAACCCAGCAGCACAAAGGAAAAGAACAUUUUUUAAAAGGAGGGAGAAGCGGAAAAUUCCCACUGGGCUUCCGGUGGUUGUGAAAGUCAUAAUGCAAAAAAAAAAAUAAAACAGUUUUCAAAUAAGUGCUUAUAUCACAUCAAUGGUGCAAGGAUAUGAACUGCUCAGCUCGGCAAGGCCACACCGGCUCUCCCAUCGCAAGUGAUGACGGAUAU